AUGCCAGCCCCCAGGAUGGGUGCCCUGAACGGGUGCCUGGUGCUGGCCUGGGUCCUGGCGGCCCUGCUUUUGGUGCAGGAGACAGAGACCCAGAGCAGUGUGGAGCCCAGCCAGCCAAGCAGAGAGGCCGCAGAGCACAGCCGGAGGGUGGACGUCGCCUGGAGCAUGACCGUCAUCCCGCCCGUCACUGUCUUGCCCACCGUGAGCUCCCGGAACCCCGCGCACAACGGGCGCGUCUGCAGCACCUGGGGCGACUUCCACUACAAGACCUUCGACGGCGACAUCUUCCGCUUCCCCGGCCGGUGCAACUACGUCCUGUCCGCGCACUGCGGCGCCGCGUACGAGGACUUCAACGUGCAGCUGCGCCGCGGCCUGGCCGGCUCCAGGCCCACCAUCACCCACGUCGUCCUCAAGACCCAGGGGCUGGUGCUGGAGGCCUCCAACGGCUCCGUCCUCAUCAACGGGCGGCGAGAGGAGCUGCCCUACAGCCGUGCAGGCCUGCUGGUGGAGCAGAGCAGCGUCUAUGUCAAGGUCACUGUCCGGCUGCUGCUGACCUUCGUGUGGAACAGAGAUGACAGUGCCCUGCUGGAGCUGGACCCCAAGUACGCCAACCAGACAUGUGGUCUGUGCGGGGACUUCAACGGGCUCCCGGCUGUCACCGAGUUCUACUCCCUUAACACUAGGCUGACCCCUCUGCAGUUCGGGAACCUACAGAAGCUGGACGGGCCCACAGAGCAGUGCCAGGACCCCCCAUCUUCCCCGGCCAGCAACUGCACAGACGUGGAGGGCGUCUGCCGCCGCACCUUGCUCGGCCCGGCCUUUGCGGAGUGCAACAAGCUGGUGGACCCCACUGCGUAUGUGGCCGCCUGUACCCAGGACCUGUGCCGCUGCCGCACCUGCCCGUGUGCCACCUUCGCAGAGUAUUCUCGCCAGUGCGCCCAUGCGGGGGGGCAGCCCCGGGACUGGAGGGGCCCCGACCUCUGCCCCCAGACCUGCCCCCACAGCAUGCGGCACCAGGAGUGCGGCUCGCCCUGCGCCGACACCUGCUCCAACCCCCAGCGCUCCCAGCUCUGCGAGGACCACUGUGUGGACGGCUGCUUCUGCCCCCCAGGCAGGUCAUGCACGGUGCUGGAUGAUGCCACCCACCAGGGCUGUCUGCCCCUGCAGCAGUGUCCCUGCACGCACGGGGGCCGCACCUACGCCCCGGGAGCCUCCUUCACCAGCAGCUGCCGCGCCUGCACCUGCUCCGGGGGGCUGUGGCAGUGCCAGGACCUUCCGUGCCCCGGCACCUGCUCUGUCCAGGGUGGGUCGCACAUCUCCACCUACGACCAGAGGCUCUAUGACGUGCACGGGGACUGCAGCUACGUCCUGUCCAAGACGUGUGCAGGGAGCAACUUCAGCGUGCUGGCCGAGCUGCGCAGGUGCGGCCUGACGGACAACGAGAACUGCCUCAAAUCGGUGGCGCUCAGUGUGAACGGCGGGGACACGGUCAUCCAGAUCCAGGCCAACGGCGGGGUGUUCGUGAACUCCAUCUACACCCAGCUGCCCGUGUCGGCAGCCGACAUCACGGUCUUCCGGCCCACGUCCUUCUUCAUCCUGGUGCACACGGGCCUCGGGCUUCAGCUGCGGGUCCAGCUGGUCCCGCUCAUGCAGGUGUUUCUCCAGCUGGACCCGUCCUACCACGGGCGGACGUGCGGCCUGUGCGGGAACUUCAACCAGAACCAGGCCGACGACUUCCGGACCCUCAGCGGCGUGGUGGAGGGCACGGCCGCCGCCUUUGCCAACACCUGGAAGACCCAAGCCUCCUGCCCCAACGUCAAGAACAGCUUCGAGGACCCCUGCUCCCUCAGCGUGGAGAACGAGAACUACGCCCAGCACUGGUGUUCCCUGCUCACCGACCCGGCAGGAGCCUUCUCCCGUUGCCACUCUGUCCUCAACCCCGCGCCCUUCCACUCGAACUGCAUGUUCGACACGUGUAACUGCGAGAACAGCGAAGACUGCCUGUGCGCCGCCCUGUCCUCCUACGUGCACGCCUGCGCGGCCAAGGGGGUGCUCCUCCGCGGCUGGAGGGACGGCGUGUGCACCAAGUACGUGAGCAGCUGCCCCCAGUCCCAGAACUACAGCUAUGUGGUGGACGGCUGCCAGCCCACCUGCCGCGCCCGGAGCCAGGUCGAUGUCACCUGCAGCGUCCCCUUCCUGCCGGUGGACGGCUGCGUCUGCCCCGCGGGCACCUUCCUGGAUGACUCGGGCACCUGCGUGUCGGCCGACGCCUGUCCCUGCUACUUCCAUGGCUCCGUGCUGGUCCCAGGGGAGGUGGUACAUGACGAUGGCGUGGUGUGCUCGUGUGUGGCCGGGAGGCUGAGCUGCCUAGGAGCGGCGGAGCAGCGGAGCUCAGGGUGUGUGGCCCCCAUGGUGUACCUGGACUGCAGCAACGCCUCGGCGGGCGCGCCCGGGGCCGAGUGUCUCAGGAGCUGCCACACGCUGGACGUGGACUGUUUCAGCACCCACUGUGUGUCCGGCUGCGUCUGCCCCCUGGGGCUGGUGUCGGAUGGCAGCGGGGGCUGUGUGGCCGAGGAGGACUGUCCCUGCCUGCACAACGAGGCUGUCUACAAGCCGGGGGACACCAUCCGGGUGGACUGUAACACCUGCACCUGCAGGAACCGCCGGUGGGUGUGCGGCCACGAGCCCUGCCUGGGCACCUGCGUGGCCUAUGGGGACGGUCACUUCAUCACCUUCGACGGAGAGCGCUAUGGCUUCGAAGGGACCUGCGAGUACACGCUGGUCCAGGACUACUGUGGGAGCAACGGCACGACCAACGGGACCUUCCGUGUCGUCACCGAGAACGUCCCCUGCGGGACCACGGGCGUUACCUGCUCUAAGGCCAUCAAGCUCUUCCUGGAGGUGAGGGUGUCGGGAGCCCGCUCCUCCUUGACCCCGGCCUCACACUUGGGCCCCUGACCGCCCGUGGGGCCCUUGCCUCAGGCCUCCGGUGGGCUCCAGCCCCCAAGCCGGCCCCUCAGUCCCUGCAGCCGCUGCCCUGUGCGUUCCCCGCAGGGCUACGAGCUGGUCCUGCAGGACGGCGGCUACAGGGUGCUGCAGUGGGGGCCGGGCGGACAGCCGCCCUACAAGGUCCGGUACACGGGCAACUACCUCACCGUGGAGACCCGCGGCGGCCUCGUGCUGUCCUGGGACCGGAGGACAAGCGUGUUCGUGCGGCUGACGCAGGACUACAAGGGCCGGGUCUGCGGGCUCUGCGGGAACUUUGACGACAAGGCCGUCAACGACUUCACCACGCGGAGCCAGUCCGUGGCGGGCAGCGCCCUGGAGUUCGGCAACAGCUGGAAGUUCUCCCCGUCCUGCCCCGACGCCCCGGCCCCCAGGGACCCCUGCACCGCCAACCCGUACCGCAAGUCCUGGGCCCAGAAGCAGUGCAGCAUCAUCAACAGCGCGACCUUCGCCGCCUGCCACCCUCAGGUGGACCCCGGCAAGUACUACGAGGCCUGCGUGGGCGACGCGUGCGCCUGCGACUCGGGGGGCGACUGCGAGUGUUUCUGCACGGCCGUGGCCGCCUACGCGCAGGCCUGCCGCGACGUGGGCGUGUGCGUGUCCUGGCGCACCCCGGACACCUGCCCCCUGUUCUGCGACUACUACAACCCCGAGGGCCAGUGUGAGUGGCACUACCAGCCGUGCGGGGCGCCCUGCAUGAGGACGUGCCGGAACCCGGGCGGCCACUGUCUGCACGACCUGCCGGGCCUGGAAGGCUGCUACCCGAGGUGCCCUCCCAGCGAGCCGUUCUUCAGCGAGGACCAGAUGAAGUGCGUGGCCCAGUGUGGCUGUUACGACGAGGACGGGAACUACCACGACGUGGGCGCCAGGGUCCCCACGGCAGAGAACUGCCAGAGCUGUGAGUGCACUGCCGGCGGCCUCCAGUGCACACACAGCCUCACAGCCUGCACCUGCGUCUACGAGGGCAGGACCUACCAUUACGAGGACGUCAUCUACAACACGACCGACGGGCUCGGCGCCUGCUUGUUGGCCGUCUGCGGACAGAACGGAACCAUCCUCCGGCGGGCUGUGGAGUGUCCCGGAACCCCGUCCACAACGCCCUUCACCUUCACCACCACCACGGUCCCGCUCUCCACGUCAGGCUCAGUUCACACCGUCACCACCGUGUGUGUGCGCGAGUUCUGCCUCUGGUCCGACUGGUAUGACAGCGGCCCCCCGGAGCCCGGCAUGGCGGGUGGAGACUUCGAGACGUUUGUGAACCUCAGGCAGAAGGGCUACGAGGUGUGCCUGGCCCCGGUGAGCAUUGAGUGCCGGGCACGGCGACUCCCCGACACCCCACUACUGCAGCUGGGCCAGAAGGUGGAGUGCGAUGUGGCCUGGGGGCUGACCUGCUUCAACAGUGAGCAGAGCCCCCCGCUCUGCCAUGACUACGAGCUGCGGGUCCUCUGCUGCAGCUACCUGCCCUGUGGCUCCUCCCCCGGGGCCACGACCACGGCCCUCGGCACCACCACCUCCCCCGGGGCCACGACCACGGCCCUCGGCACCACCACCUCCCCCGGGGCCACGACCACGGCCCUUGGCACCACCACCUGGUCCACCCCUGCCACGGAGACCUUGCCGGCAGGGACGACCGUGACGGGGACCUGGGCGUCGAGCAGCCCCCCGGCCUUGGCCACCACCUCCUGCCAGCCCCGAUGUCAGUGGACGGAGUGGUUCGAUGUGGACUACCCCAAGUCUGAGGAGGCCGGGGGGGACGUUGAGUCGUACGACAAGAUCAGGAGCGCAGGAGGGGCCGUUUGCGAGCAGCCUGUGGACAUCGAGUGCCAGGCCGAGAACUUCCCCGGCAGGAGCGCUGAGGAGCUGGGCCAGCGCGUGCGCUGCGACGUCGAUUUUGGCCUGGUGUGCAGGAACGAAGAGCAGGUAGGCCUGUUCAAGAUGUGCUACAACUACAGAAUCCGCGUGCUCUGCUGCCGCCAGGACCCGUGCGCGGGGCCCACCCCCGGGACACAGACACUGGCCACUGCGCAGACCACAGGCGGCCCCUCCAGGGGGACCCCACAAACACACACGACGGGAGUAGGGGCCACAACAGGCACGGUCUCCGCCGGCCCCCCGUCCAGCCCACGCACAGAGACGCGCACGACCGCAGCAAGCAUGUCGCCGGGAACCCUGGGAACGGCCACGACGGCGGCCGCCCCCAGCCAGAGCACGGCUGGCUGUCAGCCCCAGUGUGAGUGGACAGACUGGUUUGACGUGGACUUCCCAACCUCAGGAGUCGAGGGUGGGGACCUGGAAACCUUGGACAACAUCAGGGCCGCCGGGGGCGCGCUGUGUGAGAGGCCCCAGAAGAUUGAGUGUCGCGCGGAGAACUACCCCGAGGUCAGCAUUGACCAGAUCGGACAGGUGCUCAGCUGUGACCUGCACACGGGGCUGGUCUGCAAGAAUCAGGACCAGAAGGGGCCUUUCAACAUGUGCUUCAACUACAAUAUCCGUGUGCUCUGCUGUCGCCCGAACCCGCACUGCCCCAGCACCCCCGCCCCUGGGGGCUCCACAUCUCUGGGGAAAGAAGCCACAACCAGAGCGUCCACCCAGACCCAUGUCUCCUCCCCUGGGACCAGCCAGGGGGUCCCUGUCUCCACCACCCAGACCCUUCCUUCCCCUGCCAGGACCACAGAGAGGGUCUCCAGCCCUGGUCCCUCUGCCUCCCCGGGGACCCCGACCACAGCCACCACCAAGCCCACCUCACCCCGUGCACCCAGCACGGUCCCCGAGGUGACCUCCAGACCGUGGACCUCCCCCGGGUCCCCGCCCAGCUCGGCCACCUUCGGGACCACGCUGCUCUCCACGCCCCCGCUGCUCAGCUCCGCCACGCACGGCCCGGCCACCUCGCCCUCCACGGGCUGCAGCCUACGGUGCACGUGGACAGAUUGGUUCGACGAGGACUACCCCACGCCGGGCCUGGACGGCGGGGACUUCGAGACCUUCCCGGUGUUGCGCUCAGCGGGCCACGACUUCUGCCAGCGCCCUCAGGAUAUCCAGUGCCGCUCGGAAAGGGCGCCGCACGUGCGUCUGGAGGACCUGGGGCAGGUGGUGCAGUGUGACGUGAGCUUCGGGCUGGUGUGUCGCAACCGGGAGCAGCCGGGGCCUCUGCGCUACUGUGACAAUUACCACGUGCGCCUGCUCUGCUGUGAGGUUGACGGUCGCUGCCCCAGCCCCACCGCCCCCGAGCCCACCACGCCCUCCCGGGGGACGCCUGUGCCCGAGACCACCAGCUCUGUGCCCGGCACCACCUUGGGUCUCUCCACGGCCGCCUCCAGGGCCACAGUGCCCACAGGCAAGACCGAGACAUCCCCACCUGUGACCUCCAGCCACACACAGACCCCCACGUCCCCCAUGGCCAAGUCCACGGCCUGUGAGCCCCGCUGUGCCUGGACAGACUGGCUGGACGAGAGCUACCCGAUGCCGGGGGCCUCCGGUGGAGACUUCGAGACCUACACCAACCUCCGGGCCGCGGGCAAAGCCAUCUGCCAGCAGCCGCGGGCACUGCAGUGCCGGGCGGAGGCGCAGCCAGAGACACCACUGGAGGAGCUGGGCCAGGUGGUUCGGUGUGGCCUGGAGGAUGGCCUCGUGUGCCGCAACCAGGACCAGGCCGGCCCGUUUCACAUGUGCCUCAACUACCAGGUGCGCGCGCUCUGCUGCGAGGGUGACGGCCGCUGCCCCAGCACCCUGGCCACCACGGCACUCAGCUCGCGGGGCACUAGCCCGGGUCCGACCCCCGUGCUGCCCACAAGCACCAUGGUCCCCAGUCCUCCAGCCCCCAGCACCGGCCGGACCACGGCCACCGCCACGUGCCAGCCCACCUGCCGCUGGACCGACUGGCUGGACAGUGAUCGGCCCCGGGCCGGCCGCUACGGGGGUGACAUCGAGACCUACUACCACAUCCGGGACGCGGGCGGUCAGCUCUGUGCGGAGCCCAAGGCCAUCGAGUGCCAGGCUGUGCUCUACCCAGACGUGCCCUGGGAGCAGCUGGGUCAGGAUGUGCGCUGUGACGUGAACUACGGACUCAUCUGCAGGAACAACUGGCAGAAGGGGGGCCGCAGCUGCCUCAACUACCGCGUGCGGGUGCUGUGCUGUGACGGCCCCGGCCACUGCGUCACACAGCCCAGCACGGAGCCGGCCGCCACCAGCAGCUCCAGCACACGCCCGACUUCUUCAGGGGUCACUAGGCUGCAGACCACGGCGACCCUCCCGUAUUCCCCCGAGACCACACUAGGUGUCAUUGAUCUCUCCUUCCUCCCCAAGGACCACCCAGACAGGACCCUCUUCCGCUGGGACUACCCAUGGGGUUCCUGUCUCAACCACCCAGAUCUCUCCUUCCUUCCCCAGGACCACCCAGACGGGACCCUCUUCCGCUGGACCACAGAGAGGGUCUCCAGCCCUGGUCCCUCUGCCUCCCCGGGGACCCCGACCACAGCCACCACCAAGCCCACCUCAUCCCGUGCACCCAGCACGGUCCCCGAGGUGACCUCCAGACCGUGGACCUCCCCCGGGUCCCCGCCCAGCUCGGCCACCUUCGGGACCACGCUGCUCUCCACGCCCCCGCUGCUCAGCUCCGCCACGCACGGCCCGGCCACCUCGCCCUCCACGGGCUGCAGCAUACGGUGCACGUGGACAGAUUGGUUCGACGAGGACUACCCCAUCCCAGGCCUGGACGGCGGGGACUUCGAGACCUUUCCGGUGAUCCGCUCAGCGGGCCACGACUUCUGCCAGCGCCCUCAGGAUAUCCAGUGCCGCUCGGAAAGGGCGCCGCACGCGCGUCUGGAGGACCUGGGGCAGGUGGUGCAGUGUGACGUGAGCUUCGGGCUGGUGUGUCGCAACCGGGAGCAGCCGGGGCCUCUGCGCUACUGUGACAAUUACCACGUGCGCCUGCUCUGCUGUGAGGUCGACGGCCACUGCCCCAGCCCCACCGCCCCCGAGCCCACCACGCCCUCCCGGGGGACGCCUGUGCCCGAGACCACCAGCUCUGUGCCCGGCACCACCUUGGGCCUCUCCACGGCCGCCUCCAGGGCCUCGGCACCCCGCACCUCGCGGCCAGUGACAGUGAGCACCUCGCCUAUGUCCGUUCUCACCACGCCGGGGCCGCCUGUGUCUUCCAGAGGGAACUUCACCACCCGCUGCUUCUGCCGGGCGCUGGGGCAGCUCUUCUCCCCUGGGGACAUCGUGUACAACAAGACGGACAGCGCGGGCUGCUCCUUCUACGCCGUCUGCAACCACCACUGUGACAUUGACCGCUUCCAGGGUGCCUGCCCUACUUCCCCGCCCACGGAGGCCUCCUCCACCCCCGCGGCCUCGCCCUCCCAGCCUCAGGGCUGUGACCUCAUCGUCCCUCCCCGACAGGUGAACGAGUCCUGGACCCUGCCAGACUGCACAGUGGCUCGGUGUGAGGGCCACAACCACGUGGUCCUGCUGGGGCAGAGGCCGGUGGCCAGCAUCCACUGCGUGAACGGACGCCCGCCGGUCAGAGUUUCGCAGGACAAUGAGCCGUGUGACUUCCACUUUGAGUGCGAGUGCGGCUGCUUGCCGUGGCGCCGGGUAAGGGACCGUCCACACCCCACAGGCUCCUGCAGCGGCUGGGGGGGCUCCCACUACACCACCUUCGACGGCACGACCUACUCCUUCGCGGACAACUGCACCCACGUGCUCAUGAAGGAGAUCCGCCCGCGCUACGGAAACCUCAGCAUCUCCAUGAACGGCUACUACUGCGGGGCCGCCGCCGCCCCCGCCCCCUGCCCCCGUGCCCUCAGCGUCCACUACAAGUCCAUGGAGGUCAUCCUCACCACCCGCACCGGCGCCCGCGGGCAGGAGCAGAGCCUGAUCCUGUUCGACCAAAUGCAAGUGGGCUCGGGCUUCAGCAAGGACGGCGUGAGUGUGUCGGAGACGGGCACGACCACGAUGACCGUCGACAUCGCCGCGGCCGGUGUGAGCAUCACCUUCGACGGGCAGGUCUUCCACAUCCAGCUGUCCUACAGCCAUUUCAGCCACAACACCGAGGGCCAGUGCGGCACCUGCACCAACAGCCGGACGGACGACUGCCGCCGGCCGGACGGCACCACGGCCGCCACCUGCCAAGACAUGGCCCACCACUGGCUGGUGCCCGAGAGCGGCCGGGAGGGCUGUGUGGCGCCUACCCGCCCGCCCCCGACGGCGGGGACCUCGCCCUCCGCGCCCGCCACGCCCGCCUCGUCCCCGUGCCCCCCCGCGCCCCUCUGCGAGCUGCUGCGGAGCCCGCUCUUUGCGGAGUGCCGCGCCCUCAUCCCCCCGGACCCGUUCGUCAGCGCCUGCGUCAGUGACGGCUGCCAGGCCGACGACCGCCGAGCGCCUUGCCGCAGCCUGGAGGCCUACGCGGCGCUCUGCCGUGCCCGGGGCGUGUGCAGCGACUGGCGCAAUGCCACCCGCGGGCUGUGCGACGUCACCUGCCCGCCCGACAAGGUGUACCGGCCGUGUGGCCCUGCACAGCCCGCGACCUGCGACUCCAGGAGCCAGAGCGGAGGGGGCAAGGGGCUGGCGGAAGGCUGCUUUUGCCCCGACGGGCUCACCCUCUUCAACACGCACACGGACGUCUGCGUGCGCGCCUGCGCCUGUGUGGGACCAGAUGGGUUUCCCAAAUCCCCUGGGGAGCGGUGGGUCAGCAACUGCCAGGCCUGCCUGUGUCACGAGGGCUCCAUGUCAGUGCGGUGCGCCCCCGUACCGUGUGAGCCCCAGGAGCAGCCCCCACAGUGCGGACGGGCUGGCUUCGUGACCGAGACCAGGCCUCUGGCCAACAAUCCCUGCUGUCUGGAGACGCUGUGCGUCUGCAACACAACCACGUGUCCCCAGAGCCCACCCAGAUGCAGGCCAGGAGAGGAGCUGAUUCGCACCCAGAAGGAGGGUGACUGCUGCCCUACCUUCAUCUGCCGGCCUCUGCUGUGUUACUACAACCAAACCGCCUUUGGGAUCGGGGCGACCUUCCCGUCGCUUACUCCCUGCCACACGUGCACCUGCCUGUCUGGGGACACCCAGGGCCCAACCGUGCAGUGUGAGGAGGUCACCUGUAACACUACCUGCUCCCCGGGCUCCGAGUACCAGAAGGUGGGCGGACAGUGCUGUGGGGAGUGUGUGCAGACGGCCUGCCCCACGGAGGACGGCCAGCUGGUCCAGCCCAGCGAGACCUGGGUCAACAGCCUGGUGGACAACUGCACCGAGUACCGCUGCGAGGUCAGGAAUGGGCUCCACAUGCUCAUCGCGAGGGCCACGCCCUGCGCCAACAUGUCCAGCUGCCAGGGCAUCCUCAGGAAAACGGGCUGCUGCUUCUCCUGUGAGGAAGUGGACAAGUGCCAGGUCCACGUCAACAGGACCGUCCUGACACACCAGGGCUGCGCCACCCAGGCCCCGGUCAACGUCACGUUCUGCGGGGGCUCAUGUCCCGGACUGUCCAAGUACUCCGCGGAGGCCCAGGCGAUGGAACGCCAGUGCACCUGCUGCAGGGAGACGGAAGCUCACGAGGAGGUCGUGACCCUGCGGUGCCCCGACGGGACGGCCGUCCGCCGCACCUACACCCACGUGGACAAGUGCACUUGUGCCCCGGCCUGUGUCCACUCGCCCGAGGCGCCCGAGGACAGCACCCCCAUCCUCCUGACCUAGGGACCCACCACUGUCCGUUGCCAUUCUGACCC